AACAGCAGUAAAAAGAGUUUUCCAUGGUGUCGCAUGGAGGAAGGAAAAUUUUAUUUAAUUUUUUCGCAACCCAAUAUUGCAAUCGAAAAUGGAGACGGGGCAAAUUAGAUACAACAAGCUUUUUAUUAACAACGAAUUUGUGGAAGCGGCCAGUAAACAACAAUUCCCAGUCUUUAAUCCGUCGACUGGGCUGAAAAUCGCAGACGUUGCCGAGGCAGACGAAGUUGAUGUGGAUGUCGCUGUGGCGGCUGCCAAAGCGGCUUUCUCUAGAGGUUCACCAUGGAGGAAGAUGGACGCUUCGGCGCGUGGGAAAUUAUUAAACAAAUUGGCUGACUUGAUGGAGCGGGAUAUCAAAAACCUGGCUUAUUUGGAGACGCUUAACAACGGGAAAACUUACAAGGAUUCGAUGGCAGACGUGCAAGCUUCCGCCGAUAUCUUCAGAUAUUACGCCGGGUUCUGCGAUAAGAUCCACGGAGACACGAUUCCCAUAGAUGGUAGCGCUAUUUCUUUUACUACCAAAGAACCGAUCGGGGUGGUCGCCCAGAUAAUCCCCUGGAACUAUCCGAUUGCAAUGUUGACCUGGAAGUGGGGCCCCGCUCUCUGCACGGGCUGCACGGUGGUCUUGAAACCGGCCGAGCAGACUCCACUGACCGCUUUAGAAAUGGCGUGGCUUACGAAAGAGGCUGGCUUCCCCGACGGGGUCGUCAAUGUAAUACCGGGUUACGGCCCGACGGCCGGGGCGGCCUUGUGUCUCCACGAUGAUGUUAGAAAGGUCGCUUUUACGGGUUCCACAGAGAUUGGACACAAAAUAUUGGAAUACUCGGCUCGGUCCAAUCUGAAGAAAGUGUCGCUCGAACUGGGCGGCAAGAGCCCCCUGGUCGUGUUUGACGACGCGGACCUGGACGAGGCGGUGGAGGUGGCUUUCAACGCGAUAUUCGCGAACCACGGCCAGAAUUGCUGCGCCGGUUCGAGAACUUUCGUACAGUCGGGGAUAUAUGAGAGGUUCGUGCGGAAGGCUAGCGAAAGGGCGGGCCAGAUAAAGGUCGGGGAUCCGUUCGAUCCGAACGUAACUCAGGGGCCUCAAAUAGACGAGCCGUCGUUGCGGAAAAUCUUGAGGCUCGUCGAUUCGGGCAAAAAAGAGGGGGCCAAGCUCGAAGUGGGCGGAGUCCGCGUCGGCGAGGAGGGUUACUUCGUGGCGCCGACCGUGUUUUCGGAAGUGACGGACGGCAUGAGGAUCGCGAAGGAGGAGAUUUUUGGACCGGUGCAGAGCAUUUUAAAGUUCAACACGUUGGAAGAGGUUAUCGAGAGGGCCAACGGCACUACUUACGGUUUGGCGGCCGGGGUUAUCACUAAGAACGUCGAUAACGCGCUGGCGUUCGCCCGGGCAGUAGAAGCCGGUUCCGUUUGGGUGAAUUGUUACGACUACAUCACGCCUCAGACGCCGUUCGGCGGGUUUAAGAAGUCGGGAUUCGGGAAGGAUCUGGGGUCCGAGUCGCUGAACGAUUAUUUGGUGACCAAGACAGUUACGAUAAAGUUGCCAUCCUAAUGUUUUUAAAUAUAAAAUUUGUUAAUUAUUUUGGUUGUUAAUAAACAUCUAUCCAUCUA